UAGCGUUCAGCCACAUGCCGAUUUGGGUAACUUCAGUAUUACGUAACUUGGGGAGAAACAUUAUAUUAAAACACUCCACAUCUUACCUCUGUAUAAAUUGGUGUUUCAGCUUAUUGACAACCAAGGCUUCAUUCUUGCUAAGAACUUACUUCUCUGAAGGCUCAGUUUACCUUGAUCUACACGAUGUGUGUCCUCUACUUGGCCUCUCUCCUUGCUCUGUUGUCAGUGGGAACAGCAGUACCGGCACCAAAGGAUUGUGGACAUCUGGUGAAACUGCUCGCAUCGGAAGACCAACAUACUAUCUUUGGGAAGUGGAUCUUCAUCGAGGGUUUCUCGGACCAUGAGAUGUUCAACGCAAUACUGAGAAAGACCAACAGCUCAUGGAUUGAAAUCCUUCCCACUUCACACACCGAGACGGUCCUUUUGAACCAGGGAAACUUGAUUGAUGGAAAAUGUCUUGACUCCUCUGCCAACAUGACCUUUUCCAAAAACAUUUUUCAAAUCUCACAGAAUAAUGUAACUUCCACUGGACACCUCCUACUAUCCUGCCCUGACUGUCUCGUCAUGGACUUCAAUACCACCAUGGGCGAAGUGCAUAUCCGAUGUCUCUAUAUCUUUGGGAAGACCAGGACACUGCUGGAGGCAGAGUUGAAACAGUUCCGGGAGCAAGCAGAAUGCCUCCAGUAUCCUCAGCCUGCACAGUAUUCCUAUGAUGGAGUUACAGAGUUUUGCACUGAGAAAAAGGAGAGCUCACACAUUGUUGAGUCACAAGAUGAAAAGGAUGGUUCACAGUGAUAUGGCUUCUGGGGAUGGAAUGGUUGCGUUAAUAAAGUGGUGCACUCUCA